AUGAAGCCACAAGUUGUACUGGAUUACAAUGAAGGAAGAAUAGGUACUGAUUUAUCUGAUCAGCUAUCAUCAUAUUACACGUGCCUCAGGCGGUCAAUAAAGUGGUACCGAAAAGUAGCAUUUGAAUUAGUUUUUGGGACGGCACUGGUAAAUAGCUAUUUAAUAUACAAGGAAAACUACGCAGCAAGCAAAGUGACCAUUCUGCAAUUUCGUGAAAGUCUUGUCCGAUCUUUACUGCUUGGCAUGCCAUUCGAGAAGAUGAAGCCGGGUCCAAGACAAAAAUCAAUAGGUCAAACGAAACGCAAACUUGCUGAUCACAAACUUAAAGAAAAAGAAGGAGCUGGUCGUGAUGUCUGA